GUAAGGCCGCUGGCCAUAAUUUACAACAAUUAUCGUGUAAUUGUAUGCGUUCGCUAACCAAAUCGUACACACGCGCGCGCGCGCGGUUGCACGUCGGCGCUAGAGGAGGCAAUUCGCCGUGCGUCGCGAGUUUUGAGUUUUUUUUAGUGUUUAAAUUGUAUUAUUUUUUUAUGCGGGAUUGAGGGUCGAGGCCUAAGGUGGGUUGGGAAAGCCUCGCGUUUGCCUAAGCGGCCUGCCGCCGGAAGAGGGCUGGUCUCACAAUGUGCUCUGCACCACCAAGCACGGUGAUUUCGUGCCCUGGCUUCUGCGAGCUGUCCCCACCACCAUCUCCUCCACCACUCCCGUUUGUGGUUCAAAUUCCGGACGAAGUUGAUCCUGAUCAUCUACCCCCAGCGGAGCUUCCACCACCACCUCCUCUUUCCAAUCCUCCACCUCCCCUUUGCCAUCGUCUCGGUUACCAUAACGGUGCUGGCGAUGAUGGCGGUGGCAACAGUGGUGGCGGUAUCGGUGACGGUUGUGGUGGUGGUGAUGGAAGCUGCGACAGGGCGGUCGCUUCCCGUGGGAAUGAGGCUGCCGACGAGACCGAGUUUAUCCCAGGGUCCAGAUUCGGGUGCCGCGCUUGCGAUGCCGCGGCCGAUGGAGCUGCGAGCCAUGAGGCAGCGAGGCGAGCGGGCGGUGUCGACAUGAGGUCAAGGGAUCGCCGUGACAAGACCUCCACCACAGCAGCUGGACGAGGAGAGAGCUGGGGCCAGGAGGAGCGCCCCAGCCACUUGGAGCGAUACCUGGCACUGAGGCGCAAGCUGGAAGAGGUAUUGAGUGUGCGCAAUGAGCCUGCAGGCGGUGGUGGUGGUGGCGGCAGCGGUACUAGUGCCAACAACACCAGCAGCAGCAGCGACACUACUAGUGACACCAGCAGUAGCAGCAGCAGCAGUGAAGAUGAAAUUAUUUAUGAAGAUGGCCACUUGUACACCAGUGCCGGAGUGUGGGGCGGGCACUGGGAGCAAGGGGCCGACGGAGUAACGUUGGCAGAAUCGGCGGCAGCGGCAGUAGAAGCAAGGCCAGUUUGGGCCGUAAUUGAUGAUCCUGACAGUACUGGCUGCCGAGAUGGAGACGCAUCGUCCACCGAGCACUGCGUAAGCGGCAGCGGCGUCUGCGCUGGAGAUGACGAUAACGACGACGACGGCACCAGCUGGGCGGCCGUGACGCGCGGCUGGGGCAGGAGCCGCAGCGACCUGGGGCUGUCCCAGGCGCGGUUGCAGGGAGCGGGAGCGAGCGGGGAAGUGAGCGGCGGGGGUGGUCGAAGGGGCAGCGCCGGUGACCAGGCGACGCUAUGGGUGUACCGGAGGGAGGGCACACGGGAUAGGCUGCUCUCUGAUGAUGACGAGGAGGACGAGGAGGAGGAUGAGGAGGAGGACGCCUUCCACACGGCUUCAGGCGGCAGCGACGGGUGCUCGUGGGAACAUCGCGAGCGAGGCGAACUGGCACUCGCAAACUCUGACGACGAGUUGCUGCUGCUCCCACCCGGCCCCGAGACGUCCGUCCAAUCGGGCGACUGCGCAAUUUGCGCCAGUCGAAGCGCGGCUUCCUCGCCGGCAAAUCACGGCAUGCCGUGUAGCCUGUUUGCCGCGGAUGGUGGGGAGCUCGCCGCAUCGGAGGAUAACGGGUUUGACUCCAUUCCCAGUCUCAACGAGCCGUUUCUCGAUCGCACGGAAAGCUUUGCCGACGGCGGAGAAGUUUCGUCCGGCAGGAGGAGCAGGGGGAGCAGCAGUGCCAAUGGAGACAUGGUGGGGCACAGCCUGCCCUGGGCUCCAUGCCCCAACGAUGUUCUCUCCCCUCCCGGCGGUGCCACGGGGGGGCCUCUUCAUCGACCGUGUGGCGAUGAGGCCGAAUCUCCGAGCGCCGGUCAAUGUUGCGCAGACUCCUCCCACGACUCCACCCCGAACGCCUCCCCGUUGCACUCCCAGCCGCACGCGCCGCCGCCGCCGCCACACGCGCCGCCAUCCCCGCUCAGUCGCACGCACGACUGCUCCCCCCAGUGGGGCGGCCCGCACUCGCGCCUACGCCACCACCACCACCACCACUCGCACCAUCACCACCACCACGCGCACCACCACCACUCGCACCACCACCACCACCACACGCACCACCACAACGCGCAGCGCCACCCUCCCUCCGCGCUGGCAUCAUGGCUACGUCAGCCGUUGCUGGCACCGGAGAUUCCGGCGGCGGCCGCACCGCAGCGGCUACCGCCGCAACCGCCGCCGCAAUUGCAACCGCCGUCGCAACCGCCGCCACCGCCGCCACCGCCACCACCACCACCACCGUGCUGCGAGCUGUGGGGUGCCGCCGCAACCACCAGCGCCGCGCAAACGCAGCCGACUGUGGCUCACCGGAGCCACCCGUACUUCAAUGUGCUGGGCGGCGUCGGUGGCGGCGGCCACCACUACCACCACCACCGGGGCGGCGUGGGGGCCGGCGCCUGGCGCUCGCCACUACCGACGUCUCUGCCACCCUUGCUGUUGGUGCCGCCCAUUGCCCCCGCUCCCUUCUCCGCGAUGCAGCCCCUGGACGGCACCAUGGGAUUUUCCGGAUACUCCUCGCUGGGUCUCGGGGGUCAGCCGGGCCCGCCCACGGGCACCGGUGGUGCUGUCGGGCGUCUCCGCAACGCGGCCUGUAGCAGCGUCGGCGCCAAUCAGGAUAUGACAGAGAGUCCAAGUCGUCGCUCCAGCCUGGACCGAGCCCCAGCUGAUCCGGACUCCUCGAAGGGGCUGACGGCGUUGCCGCCCGAUGGAGCCACGCCCGUUCAGCCGGCAUUGUCGUCCGAGUGCCCCUCUCCACUCCUGCACCGCUUCUUGUUCAGCCAGGCGUGGGGACCGAACCGCGCCUCUACGCCUUCAGGCACAGCCACGCGGCGUGUCGCCCACUGCAGCGCAUGCGCGCGCCUCCCCUCCCUGUGCGUCUCCCCGUCGCAUCGCCGCGUCUGCCCGUGCUUCUCGUGCCCUCCAACCCCGCCGGGCGGCUGCGCCGCUACCUCCGCUCGUGGGCGGUCAUCCCCGGCGGGAGCUGUCGACGGGGCCAGCGAGACUCGCCGCCUUGACAACGAUACCGCAACGACCGUCGCCGCGACAAGCGUGACUGCGGCGGCAGCAAACCAGGUGCCCGCUCAGCCGCCGGAAUUCUUCUCGCUUCCUGCCUCGCCCGCCUCGCCCACCUCGCCCACCUCGCCCACCUCGCCCACCUCGCCGCGGGGCCGCCGGCGGCAGCAGCAACUGCUGGGGCGCUGCUGUCACCAAGCGAACUGCGCCAUCAGGCGCGCGGUGACCGCCGGGGAUCACCAGCAGCGGCGCCGGCUCGCGGCAGCACGGCGAGCCUCGACCCCCGAUCCCUUCUUCCUCUUUGACGCAAACGGCGAGGAGGACGACGAUGAAAACGACGACGACGAGGACGAGGAUGACGACGUGGUCGUUGACGGCGCGGCCGCUCCGGCUGCAUCCACGCAAGCGUCGGACGCAGUUGGUGCAGGGACCGGUGCUGCUGCUGACGUUGCGGUGUUGGUAGCAGCCACCCGCCAGUUGAUGGCGAACCGCGUCGAGCGGCUCCACCGCUGCUGGGAAGCGACCAAGGCGGCGCUGGCAGUGGCCACCGACGUGCCGCCCCACACCGAUGGCGCCGCGGAGUCGUCGGCAUCGGCGGCAGGCUGCGCCCGGCCUCCUACCCCGGUGCCUGGCUUGGAUGAGGUUCAAUUCCCGGGGGGCGAGGGCGACGGCUCGCACUUCGACUUCCCGCCCCUGCCUCAGGAGCUGCGGGCGGAGCCACACGCGCGGGGAAACGGCGCCGGCGAUGAUGUCGGUUCGUCGACGCUGCUCAACUCUACACCCAAGCGGCGCUGCGGCUUCCGCUGGCCAUCGACCAUGGGGGUGGCUGGGCCGGCGGAUUGGGCCAAUGCCUGCCAGCGUUUGCCGCGCUCUCCGGCGAUUGGCUACCCAUUCCGCCGUCGCUCAGCCGAGCCAUCUGAUGUUUUUCUGUCAAUGCCGCCGCCGCCGCCGCCGCCGCCACCACCACCGCCGCUGAUGGUGCUAUCCGCGGUGGUGAGGAGCGCGGCGCUGGGAGCACCGGCGGAAUUGGCCAGCGCUGGGGAGGCCUCGGAACGCCAGCCGCCCUUCGAACGUGACGGUGCGGACGGGGCAAGGACGACAAGCCCGAGCUAUGAACCGACCGGUGGGCGCCUCCCGCAGUACAUGCAGUCCGAGUCGCAGGUUCUGGGUGGCAGCUAUGAUCUCGCCCUGCCACGAGCCCACUUCUACCCACACGCGACAUCCUUGUACCACCACCAUCACCACCACCACCGCCACCAUCACCACGGCCACAUCCAGCAUCAGGAGCAGCAGAGGAGCGGAGGGGGUGGCCAGGCCUUCGCGCACCACACUUCGAUGAGAGGGCACGGGGUGGCCGAUGCACGGCUGUCUUCGCACGUCUCGUAUGGACAACCCAUCUUCGUGGCGAAUGGCGGCGUGCCGGUGCCGUACUACGUCCGCCAGCAGCAGCAACAGCAGCAGCAGCAACAGCAGCCCAACGAUGAUGGCGAUGGUGUCGGGGAUCGCGACCGGGAGCCACCGCUGUCCGCUCCACGGUACCGCGCGUUCCCUCGCACGAGCGCCGCUCACCGCGGGGACGACGCGCAGGCCACUCGAGACGACUCCAGGUCUCGCGGUGAGGCCGACUUCCAUCACGCCGUCCCGCGCACCGUCCUGCCGCUGCCGCCCCACUCGCUGCUGCGCUCCACACGUCCCUCCCCCAUCCGGGUCCAGCACUCCACGCUCGGGAGCUCCUCCUCCCACCCCUCGCCCAUGCUCGGUUUACCCCGGGUAUUUAUGGCGGAGAUCCUCACCGUGCCAAGGCCGGAGCUGGAGGACCUGAUGAAUUUUGACUUCCAGUUCAUCCUGCACGGGGCGUCUCAGAGCACGAUAGAGUGGUACACGUGCGCGCACAAGUACAAGAAGCUGAGGCCUCGUAAAGAGGACAAGAGGCCAGAUGGCGAAGAGAGCGAUGAUGAGAAAUGCACCAUCUGUCUGUGCGAGCUGGAAGACGAGGAGGAUGUGAGGAGGCUGCCCUGCAUGCAUCUCUUCCACCAAACAUGCGUCGACCAGUGGCUCGUCACUAACAGGAAAUGCCCGAUCUGCCGGGUCGAUAUCACAGCUCAGCUGCCCGCGAAACCCUGAUCAGUUCGGAGCAUCAUCCCCCCCCCCAUCAUCCCUGCCCCUCCCCUCCCUUCUCUGCCCCUCCUCACUGCCCCUCCCCACCAUCCCUCUCCUCCGACACACGAGACUCACAAUACGAUGAGAUGCCUACCUACUGGUGUGGUGUGUGUGCGCGUGCACUGCAGUGCACGCGCACACACACCACACCAGUAGUCUAGUCCUACUCGUACAGCCCCCGUUGCGCGUGUACAGCCCGUGCGAUGAUCCACUGCUGGACGACGGCCUCGUCCCCAUACAGUGCGGGUCGUCGGGGUUAUUUGACCGCACUUCCCCCCUCCCGCUGGUCAGCGCGGGUCGGUGAAGGCGGGGAAGCCUGGUUGGCGCAAAGAAGGGGGACGGUGCAAGCCGCUUCACAAAACCGUUCCUCGUAAAAACCUGGUUUGGGAUUGGUUCGUUUGUAACGCGACUCGAGGCACGUCCGGCAUUUGAAACUGUUUGGUCAAAGCUGCUGCGCGAGAUCCAAUUAUUUCACGUGACGAGGGCUGUUCAGUGCAGACGAAGCGCGGUGCACCCAUUCGUCCUUUAAGGUCAACGAUGAUCGCGCGAUGGGAGCUUGUGGAUCGCCGGUUUUCACGCGGUGUCUGCGGUGGCCCUGGUCACCUCUGUUCACCGCGACGUUUUACAAAGAACCUGUUCCCGCAUUGAAUCGUGACAGUGAAUCGCAACGAUUAAUCAAAUCGCGGGGCAGAUGAAAUCGAUGCGUCGCUGCUCCUGUCGCAAUCCUUGCACUGGAUAUUUUUCUGACCUAUUAUGAUCUCGAGGAGAUGGUUUCUGCCAUUGAUGUCGUUUCGUAUACUUUGCACUUGCAACCCUCCGCUGCGUACACACGCACACCUCUGCUGCGUACACACGCACACCUCUGCUGCGUACACACGCACACCUCCGCUGCGUACACGCACACCUCUGCUGCGUACACACGCACAC